GAGAUCAAAGCCAUGGAUCUGUUCGAGACGAUCAUCACGAGGACUAAUUCGCCCCGUUUUGCUGAAAUCAGUGCCGGAAUAUUGGCUAACAUUGCCAUCAAUUCAGACAUUUGUCUCAAUUUGGCGAAUAAACAACACUUCAGACAAUUAAUCGUGGAUUCGAUGAGCUCUUCGGACAUACCAUUCGUGAUACAAGUGAUACGUAUAGUGAGCGCAUCCCUGAGCAACAGUGAGACACAGGCGCUGUGGCUGCAGACCAUCCGCGACAACAGCGACCACUUCCUGCAGACCAUUCACUACACACUCGAGAACUGUUUGAAUUGCGAUCUCCUGAAGAGCGUGAUUCUGGUGAUCAACAAAAUGCUGUACUUAGACGACACGAUCGGCCAGUUGUGGCUCGCGUUUGACCGGCGAUACGAGUGCGUC